CUUGUGAUGACUCUUGUGUGCUGACUUCAGACAACACAGAUUGGAUAAGGUCAUGCACCCUUUGUCUCCAUUUCCCCAUUUGUAAAAUGGAGAUUACACUGACUUACUUCACAUGAGAAGUAGAGGGCUAAUGUUGCUCUUUUCUAAGUGCUUAAGCUUACUGGUUCUUUAAGGAGCAAAUAUGACCUGUAGCUGCACUUUGGGCUUUGUUUGCAGAGGGUGCAUUGAGCACUAGACCAUGUCCCAGACAGUGAUCAUCCAGCAACCUGGCUCCGUGGGGUCUGCCGUCAUGUCCCCAACGGGUGACUGGAGCACCGGGAGAUACGAAUGUUGUGCAGACUGUGCCACAUGCUGUUUGGGGACUUUCUGCCCAACACUUCUGUCAUGUUACGUGGCAAACAAGUAUGGCGAGAACUGCUGCCUUGGCAUCACUUUUGGAGGCAUGACGGCGCUGCGAACUCACAUGCGCCUCUCUUAUGGCAUCCAGGGAACCAUCUGCAGGGAUGUACUGGCAAUGUGCUUUUGUGGCCCUUGUGAGGUAUGCAGAAUGGCUCGUGAAAUGAACAUCCGCUGUCCACACUAAAGGUAAAGAGCACUG